UUUUAAAAAUGGCCGCAUUUGAUUUAAAAGCAGCUUUAUUGCUAUUACCUAUAGUGAAUCGGGAUGAGGAAAUUAUAAAAAGCCUUUUAGACGGCAUUGAAUUUUACAAAACUAUCCUCAGGCCUGAUGACCACCCCUUACUAAUAAAUUUUAUAUUAAAGACGAGACUUUCUAGUUGUGCCAAAUUAAAAUUAAAAUCAAACUACGAUAAUAUUAAUAAUUUAACGGAGGAUAUAAGAAAAAUUCUAUUACCAAGUAAAUCGUAUACAUUCAUUUUAACGCAACUACAAAAAUGUAGGCAGGGUAAUAGAACAAUUUUAGAGUUUGGGGAUGAAAUUGAAAGGUUGUUUGUUGAAUUAACAAUUGCCCAAGCGGGGGGUUUGAACACCGCGUAUGAUAUUCUAUUGCCCAUAAAUGAGAAUAUUGCAAUUAGGCAAUUUGCAUACGGGCUAAACGAUAGUAGGUUGACAAUGUAUAUAAUAUGUCGAAAAAUAUCAAAUUUACAAGAAGCUGUCAAAACAGCAAUAGAAGAGGAGGAAUUCAUUCCUAAGAACUUCCAAACGUGUUUAAUAAAUAAAAUAAAUUAUGACGCACGAGAAUUUGAUCGCAGAACAAAUCAAUGUCAAGCGAAGCGUAAUAAUACUAAGGCGCGAAGUCAGCAAAAUACAAUAAUGCAUAGUAAAGAAGGUCGCGCAGUUUGUUAUAGUAAGCAUAUGAAUUACGUCAAAGCGUCAGCUGAUAGUAGGAAUAGCGAUAGAAAGACAUCGUUAGAUUUUGUUCAUGAAAAUAAGAAUACCGAAAUUUUAGCUUUUAACACAAAUAAUGUAGUUAAAUUUAAUUGUUUUAAUAAUGAUAUAUUUUUGAUAGCAGACUCAGGAGCAUCAAUGUCAGUUUUAAAGUAUGAUUGGUUAAAAAAUUUGCCUUCAAUUAAGAUCCAUAAAGAUAACGCUAUAAUAAAAGGCGUCUGUGGUAAUCUAGAAGCAAUGGGAUUUGUUUACCUGAAUCUUGAAUUUCAGAAACUGCAAUUUAGACAAAAGUUUUAUGUAUUUAAAGAAUUACAGUGCAGUUCCCAUGGUAUAUUAGGAGAAGAUUUUUUAAUACAAUUUAAAGAGGGAGGGGACACCCUCACCAUAGACACCCUACUUUUCAGGGGAGGUGUGGUAUAG